AUGCCGCCUCGGUUAAGAAUCUCAUCGCUCCACCAAAUUCCGCGAUGCCAAUAUGAACUUCGAAUUACCAGGAGCGCAUCCAGCGCUGCGGCAGUCACCCCAGCUGCUUCAAUUGAGCAGAUGACACGCUCACCAGCUCCCGUAUCGAGAUUCCCUCCUACCCAGCCACCUUCGCACCGCAAUCCCGAAUACCGCCGGUCGCAGCUCCUGCGGUCAUACACCUCCCUUCUCCGCACAUCUCCUCUCAUCGUGCUGUUCCAACACAACAACCUUAAGUCCAUGGAAUGGGCCGCCAUCCGACGAGAACUAACCAUUGCUCUGCGAAAAGUGGACGAGAAGAUUGCCGCCGAAGGCCGGACAGCGCCUGCCCUCGCUCCUUACAUUAAGAUCCAGACCAUCCAGACCAGCAUCUUCGAGGUGGCUCUGCGCAUCGUCGAGUACUUCCGGCCCAGCGAGGCUUCCCUGGGUUCAGGAAAUCCCCCCAGUGCAAUUGACCCCGUGACACAAACCUCUGCCGAGAUCCCUGCGAUUUCCGGCUCGAAGGAUGACCCGGCCUUGACACACGACUUGUCUCGCACUGCCCACGAGGCAGUUAAGAACAUGAAGGGCAUGCACGAGCUUUCUCCUCUGCUCAUCGGCCCUGUUGCUGUCCUUUCCAUCCCUACAGUCUCGCCUGAACACAUGAAGGCCGCGCUGUCAAUCCUCGCCCCUAAGGAAUCCGGCUUCAAGGCCCCUACCCGCAAGGCAAACCCGGAAUACCACGAGCCCAUCGUUCAGGACGGUCUCCGCAAGAUUAACUUGCUUGCUGCCCGUGUCGACAACCAGGUGUUUGAUAUCGAUCAGACUAAGUGGGUCGGCAGCAUCGAGGGUGGCAUGGACGGUCUUCGCUCCCAGCUUGUUACCGCCCUGCAGAGCAUGAGCUCCAGCGUUGCAACUACCCUGGAGGGAGCUGGCAAGAGUAUUUACUUUACCUUGGAGAGCCGCCGAAGUGUUUUGGAGGAAGAGCAGAAGGGACCGGAGGGCGACAAGAGCGAAUCGUCCUAA